UCGCUCGCUUUGGGCAGCAGUCAAAUCCUCCCCGCUGCUCGCCGGACCUCCGGAGAGAAGUGGGGGUGGUCUUGAGGAUGAAAACGGGCGUGUUAGUGCGUCGUUGCCCCAGACUGUUACACAAUGCGAAUAGAUGUGUUUUUCCAGCUCGCAGCGCGCUCACUUGCCGGAGGUUUGUGUCUGUUUUUCUAUUGUGUGCUGGCUGAAGCCUGAAGUGGGCGUCGCUCCAGGACAGACAGACUGGGCUGCCCGCUUUCCUCUCGCAGGACUGCAGCACUGUCGUGUCGCUUUGUAGGUCGAAGGAUGUCUGAUUUCACGCGGAAGAGCUCGGUGGGGACGUUAGGCUUGAUUUCGCGUGCCGUGAAAGGCACCGUGGAGUCCUGCGGGCGGGCGUUGCACCGUGGGUUGUCGGGCGCUGCGGAGGUUGUCACACAGCCGCGCUGAUGGCUCAUUAAACACGAAAGCGUGCAAUCCCGAGCCUGCGCGAGCACGGAUUGAACAGGUUACCGUGAAAUAAGAAGUGUUCUGAAAAUCAGGGUGCUGGACAUUUUUUUUUCUCUUUGCGUGUCCGGCUGCAGUGUUUUAUUUUCUCUUCCUACAAGUCUGACGCGUUUACUCCAUCGGGGGUUUCCGGAGCGCGUGAGACCUCAGACAUGAUUAAAGGUUUUGUCACCCGAUGCUCUCUGACUGACUUGAGUCGGGUGUAACCCAUUAGGAGAAGAUUUUGCCUGAAGGAUCCUUCAACAAAUCAAAAUGCAGAAAAAAGUCAGGCAGCCUCAGAGGUGGUUCAACACGGCCGACAUCACAGUGUCUCACCAAAGCAACAUGCUGAAGCAGCUCAACCAGCAGCGCCGCCAGGAGCUUUUCUGUGACUGCAGUGUGUUGGUGGAGGGCCAGCUCUUCAGGGCUCACCGCAAUGUUUUGUACGCCAGCAGCGGCUACUUCCGCAUGCUGCUGUCCCAGGGGCCCGACGACUCUGUCAACGCCACCUUCGACGUCUUCAGCCCCGAGACCUUCACCGUCAUCCUGGAUUUCAUCUACUCCGGCCAGCUGGACCUCUCCAGUCACAAUGUGAUUGAAGUUAUGUCUGCAGCCAGCUACCUGCAGAUGAACAACGUCAUCAGCUACUGCAAGAACUUCAUCAAGUCCUCCUUGGACAUCAGUGUGAAAGAUGAAGACAGCGAUCGCUGCCUCAGCUUGUCUGAGACCUGUAGCUUUACCAGCGGAGCAGGAGAAGACUCCACAGAGCAGCAUCAGGGCCCCUGCUCUGUCAGCCCUCCACCUGCGCUCUGGACUCGGGACAACUCCAGAUCACAGUCUAGCUUUAUGGGAAAGGACUCGGACCAGGAUCCUUCGGCCUCAGCCCUGAAGACCGACCCUAACAGCCCUGUUAACGAGCUGAGUGCAGAUGCGGAAGACCUCCAGGACCCUCAGGACCCUUUGUACACCUUGCCUGGAUCAGAGCGUCGGCGUGGAAAAGGGAGCACAAAGAGGCGAGCGUCCAACAGCGCUCGGUCCAACCAGCAAGAAGACUUGGACAUCCAGGAAGCACGGACACGAAAGGCUGAAAAGGCAGAGGAGCUUUACGCGACUCUACCACCGAUUGUGGGUGUUAUUGGACACUUUAAUAAAGAUUCGAAUCCUACCAUGCGCUUCAAAUGCCCCUUUUGCACACACACAGUGAAGAGGAAAGCAGACCUGAAGCGUCACCUGCGCUGUCACACCGGGGAGAGGCCGUAUCCAUGCCAGGCCUGCAAUAAGCGCUUCACUCGCCUGGAGCAUCUACGCAGCCAUUUUGAGACAAUUCAUCAAGCCAGGAAGCUGGUGUGCAGGAAGUGUAAGUGUCAAGUGACCGAGGAGACCGGGCAUGUGGUGUGUGAGGGCACGAGACGCUACCGCAUGUGCACGGCGUGCAUCCAGGAAGUGGGCUGUGACGACGUCCCCAUGAACAGCCUGGAGGGGCACAACGAGGAACCGGCGCUGUUACUGGGCGUGGACGGGGAGGAGGAGGGGGACACAAAGAGGAGCUGGAUGGUGACUGACGACGAUGACCUGGCAGAAGACUCGGGCGCCGACCUCAUCAUCCAGCAAGUGGACGUCAGCGACGAAGAGCUGCAGUGAAACUGGGCCAAAGUGUGCGUGUGUUUGUGUGUGUGCAGAUGCGUAACCAUAUUUGAAGUGUUUGUGUUUUGAAGUGCCCCUGGUAUGCUUCUUUUCAAUUUAGGGGUUUACUACAAUAAGUUUACAUUCAUUAAUAUUCAAAAAUCAUUUUUCUCAUAUUGUACUGUGCACAGUGUUACUGCUGCUCCUCUUUUCACCUUCUGCCUGAAAUGAUCUGUUCUAGGAAAGCGAGGUAUCCAGCCAGAGUUACGAGUACUCCGGAGAGUACUUUAGCAAGAGCAGUUAAUUAAAUUACAAUUUCAUUAAAGAAUUGAUUGAACUUAAAGAAUUUUUGGCAGAUAAUUAAUUGAAAGUAAUGGUUAAAAAGCAGAAAAUAGUCGUGCAUAAAUGAUUCAAACAUGUAAGAAAUGAUCAAAAAUGAAAUAUCCUGCUAAAAGCUAAAAUCUUUAGCUAAGAGAAUAUGCAGUUCAAAUGGUUCAAUAGUGGAUGAAUAUAACUGUUAUAUAACUGUUACAAUUAAAACACAACAGAAAAAUAACACAACUAAAGAUGGUUAGCCAUGCAGCACGUUUGUGAUUUCUGCUGUCAUUAGUUUUUUUUAAUUAAAAAUGGGAAAAAAAGAAAUUCACCAGGUCUUCAGCUCAUCAGCCGGAGGGCACAAAACCUUGUUUUCAUUCUUUCAGCCUCGCAGAAUAUUUGGUUUGCUGACAUGUUUUACAUUUAGUUUGUAGAAAAGAGAAAAAUGGCAGACUUUUAGGCAGUUGGUGCAACUGGAUGUAGCUGAGGCGUUCUUUGUUUAGCUGCUGGACUGGCAUUUUACAUGGUGACAUAGAGAAGUAACGGAAGAACAGCCAGUUUCACUUCAGUGUUUCAUGUGUGUGGGUGAAACUUUACUUUUAAUAAAGGUGUGAAGAAUAGGGAAAAACCCCAAAAGCUUAACAGGGGCACUUUAAAGCCAUGCAGGAGAGUUUAUGCAUAAAAUGUGGGAUUCACUCAUGUAAAAACAUACGUUUAUGAUAUGUUGUGUAUUAGUUUAGUCUUUUCUUAUCAGUUUGUUGAGCUUUGUCAGAAAAAAAAUGAAGGUUUUCUGUUAAGCUUCAUAAAGAUAUGCAGUAUCUGAAGCAUGCAUAUUAUGUGUUUCCUUUACUUCAAUCAUAAUAUGAUAUUAUAAUCUUUUCAAUAAGCUUUUUUUUCUCUCGUGCAUGAAAAGCUUCGGUCCUUUCGGCUGCUUUCUGCCGGCCUUUCAGCAAAAAGGUGAAGAACAGAAUGAUCACCUGUAUCCUGUAGGGACAGUCUUUUUAAAUGUUUUGUUAUGAUAUGCAGUAUGAUACAAACGCAUAAUUUAUUUGUUUGUUUGUUUUUUACUUUU